UGACUUCCGGUUAAGGUGUCUGGGUGAUAACGUUGUUGCAAAAGCUCUACACAUGUGGUUAUUUGUUGAAAUAACAGAAUAACGACCACAAUUACUUUACCAAUAUGGACAUACUAAAGGCUGAGAUCGCCAGGAAGAGAAAACUCGUCGAAGACAAACAGCUUGUUGACGACUCCAAAAAAUUCUUCAAACGGUCUGAGCUUGCACACAAGGAGCAAGAGGAUUACUUCAGAAGAUGUGGAUAUAAGGUUCAGAGAGAGACUCCUGAGAGCCAGAUUGAUAAGAAAGAAGAAGAUGAGCCAACCACCUCAGCUAAUCCAGUGUUAGAACUGGAACUAACAGAAGAGAAGCUGCCGAUGACACUGUCCCGACAGGAAGUAAUUCGACGGCUUAGAGAACGAGGGGAACCAAUCCGACUGUUUGGAGAGUCUGAUUACGAUGCCUUCCAGAGACUCAGGAAGAUUGAGAUUCUGACUCCAGAAGUGAACAAGGGCUUGAGGAAUGACCUGAAAGCAGCCAUGGACAAGAUUGACCAGCAGUACCUGAAUGAGAUUGUUGGAGGAACAGAGUCAGGAGAACUGGACACACAGCACGAUCUGAAAGUGCAUGAAGAAAACACAACUAUAGAGGAAUUGGAGGCUCUUGGUAAAACCCUGGGUACAGGAGAUGAUGAUGGAGACCAGGAAGUCAUCCACAAGUUUUUGAGGUUUCUUCUUGGUGUUUGGGCCAAAGAUCUGAACAGCAGAGAGGACCACGUGAAGCGAAGUGUUCAGGGCAAGCUGGCCAGUGCAACUCACUCACAGACUGAGUCUUACCUCAAACCUCUCUUCAGGAAGCUCAGGAAGAAGAGUUUACCAGCAGACAUCAAAGAGUCAAUCACAGACAUUAUUAAAUUCAUGUUAGAGAGAGAAUAUGUCAAGGCGAAUGAUGCCUACCUGCAGAUGGCCAUUGGUAACGCUCCCUGGCCUAUCGGUGUGACCAUGGUGGGUAUCCAUGCUCGUACCGGGCGAGAAAAGAUCUUCUCCAAGCACGUGGCCCACGUUCUCAACGACGAGACACAGAGGAAAUAUAUCCAGGGACUGAAGAGGCUAAUGACUAUCUGCCAGAAACACUUCUCGACGGUUCCAUCAAAGUGCGUGGAGUACAACGCUCUUUAACUUGUAACUUCAGCUUAAUUUAAGUCAAGGCUGUCAGGUCAGUUGUAUCGCAGUCCAAAAUGAGAACUUAUCACAGCAGCUCAGUUAAGAGUUUUGGCAUGACUGAAGUUUGGAUGUGGCAGAAGUGAUUCAAAAUCUUGUAUAUGAAGGACCUUCAAGUUCAUCUGCCUUUUGUUGGAGAUAACAGUCUGAGGGAAUGCUUCAUUUCAACAGAAUGUGGGUGCACAUGAUCUUUUGUAUACAGCCAGUAUUUUGCUAACUUAACCCUUGAGUCUUGUCCUACUACUGGACAAGACUACUGGGAAAAUGAUUGCACCUGUCAUGCCAUUAAUAGUCACAUGUCUUCAGUCCUACUUGAGAACAUGUUUGUUUAUUGAUGUUUGAGGAGUUCCAACCAUUGUUUUUCUGAAAAGUAAAACCGUAAAAAGGUUAAACGUCAGCCAACCUUUUCUGUAAAUACUGGCUUUCACAAGUUUUUCAAAGAUUAAUUUUUAAUGAUGUGGGAAACAAUAUCAUUUUGCCAACAAAGAUCCAGUAAUGUAAGUUUUAUUACACCUGAGAUAUCACAGUUAUUUCUUUAUUGACAUGCUUAAAUCAAUGCAGAUUCAGCUGUAUGUACAUGUUUGAAUUUUCAGCAGAUAAUUAAACCAAUCAGCGUGUCACUGUACUAUCUUAUUGAGAAAAUAAAGUGUUGUUUUGUUACACCAGC